AUGACAGACCCAACCCCCACCAACGCCGCCACCAGCGCCCACACCAACACAGAGACAGAAGACCAGCAGAAGAAAGAAGCACUGGCUGCUUUUACCGCAACGCUCCACUCGGUCGGCACAAAUCUCGAAGCGCCGCUCCGCGACCGCGCGGCCACUAUCACAGCCAACGAGGCCGCGCUGCAGCGGCAGGAGGCUGAGCUGGCGGAGCACACGGCGCGCCUGGCAAAGCAGAACGCGCAGUGGAUGGGGCUGGCGGACGAGACGCGCGAGGGGCUGAAGGAGAUUGGCGACGUGCAGAACUGGGCGGAGAUGAUUGAGCGGGACUUGUUGGUGUUGGAGGAGAUGAUGGAUGGAGUGGAGAGGGAGGAUUGUGAGAGGGAGGAUUGUGAGAGGGAGGAUUGUGAGAGGGAGGAUUGUGAGAGGGAGGAUUGUGAGAGGGAGGGAGCCUUGAUGGAUGUGGAUGCGAAUGGGUAUCAGAGUGAUGCGCAGGAGUCCUAUGACGAGCGGGAUGGUCAUCAGGAGAUGCAGAAUGGGGAUGCGCUGGUGAAUGGCAAGGGGAAGAAGGCGAAGGGGAGCGAGUCGAGGGGUUGGUUGCGCUGGUGGUGA